AUCUGCAGGAUAGAAAGCGUGUCUCAUCUGAGCGAGCUGCGAGUGUUGAACCUGGCAGGAAACAGCGUCUGCAGAGUGGAGAACCUGCAGGGUCUGCACCGUCUCACUGAACUCAACCUGCGACACAACCGCAUCUCCGCUGUGACUGAGGUGGACCUCCUGCCCUGCUUGCAGUGCCUCUUUCUCAGCUGCAACAUCAUCACCAGUGUCGAUCAGCUAGCCUGCCUCGGAGAGUCGCACUCCCUUUCUGAGCUCACCCUGGAUGGGAAUCCUGUAGCCCUGGAGACAUGGUACAAGCAGGCCGUCCUGCGCUGUGUGCUUCAUCUGAAACAGCUGGACAUGAAGCGCAUCACAGACGAGGAUCGGCGCAUGGCUGGUGUACAGGCUCGAAAGGAGGAGGAGAGGAAGAGGGAGGGUCACAAGCAGACCAUUCAUAAGGAGAAGCGGCGCCUGGCGAUCCGUAAUGCGGCGCAGCAGUGGGAGGGGGUCAGGGCCAGCCUGGAGCUGCCACCAACAAAUGGUGCUAAAGAGGAAGUGAGUCCGGAGAACAGCCCCGCCCACAGCCCUGCGCAGACCAAUGGCCUCGCACAGGAGCCGUCUCCAGAUGAACCCAGGCGGGUUAGCCCAGGUUCAGGACCAGAGCGACCGCCAAUGGGAAUGGAGAACCGACUCCGGACCAACAGCCGUCCAAACAGCCCACGGGAUCCUAAGCUGGUGGAGGCGGGCAGUGUGCAGAGCCUCUCUCUCUCCGACAGUCACCUGGCGGAGCUGGACGGAGAGACGCUGCGGUUGUUCGGCCCCGGAGCCCUGGAGGCCCUGGAGCGAGGCUGGGGGGUCCAGACCGCCAGCGCUGUCACUGUUAUAACUUUCCGCUACAUCAACUUUGACGCCAUCAUACCAACACUGCCGCGAAUUAGGGUCAAGUUCCCCAAUCUAUCGCACAUGAUCUUCCAGGAAACCAACAUCUGUCGUCUGCCUCAGCUGGCGGCUCUGGCUCAGGUGAGGCGUCUGGACCAGCUGACCAUCCACGAGGGGGGGAACCCGGUGGCCAGCCUGGCUCUGUGGCGCUCCUUCCUCAUCUACCGCCUGCACCACUUCAACCUGCAGAGGAUCAACGGCCAGGAGGUGACCAUGAACGAUGUGAUCGCUGCAGAGCGUGUGUUUGGGACUCUGGGUCAUAUAGCAGCCACUGAAACUCCUCGCUGCCGCCUCCUCCUGCUGCUGGAGGUGUCCCGGAAGCGCCAGCUGCAGUUCCUGUUGGAGGGGCGCGGCCGGCGUGCAGGACUGAGUCCGGAGGAGCUGCGGGACAACGGGAAGCUGCUGGGAGAAGGCCUGAGCCGAGCGCUGUUCAACUACCCCAGCAGAGACUGCAGCGCUGCAGAGAGCCCGGAGGAGGGCACUUUGGAGUCGUCGGAUCGCGCCGCCAUGAUACAGCAGUACCUCCAGGAUCUGGUCCAAAGGGCGUCAGAGACCAACCUGAAGGGGGAGGCCCUGCACAAGCUGUGGCCCUCCAUGUUCGCAGAGAUGGUGACGGACAGUGUGUUGGAGAUGAGGGACCAAGCGGCCUUCCGGAAAACCAGCCUUGCAAAACUCUCCGGGACCAAGUGAAGAGGACUGAGGCUGACACUACGACCACACACACAUGUGGACAAACCAUUAUUAACACAUCAUCACUUUGUGACUAAUCACUAUCAGUUAUUGAAAUGGUUGGAAUCAGAAAGUGUGUGGGGAGAUCUUUCAGAUGGAUAUAUGUAGAUUGUUUAAAAGAAGAAAUUAUCGUGAUUGAAUGUAGAUUUUCACUCAAAGCUCGGAGCUGUAACAUACUUGAAGAAAGUCAAAGGGACGUAUGGACUCAGUGCAUUGUGGUCCUCUGCACUUUAAACAUCUUUCUGAAUGACCCCCCCCCCCUCCGCACCAUUACUGUCAUCAGCUGAAAAUGACCGGCGUCUCUUUUGUCGAGACCAGAAUGAUUUUUCAUGUCUUAAUUAACGUGUCAUGCAUCUCACUUUCUCCUGCCUGACGAGGACCUUCCUUUGUUUACCACUGAUCUUUCUGUCUUGUACUUAGAAUUAAACAAUUCUGUAUUAACACUCA